CAUCGCAGAGUGCGAGACCCGCCCACGCGAAGCAUUCUCCAGUUCAACAAACUUUCUCGUUCGUCGUCGCUUAUUGAUUUGCUGUGAUAAUGCUGAUAUUGAUCUUACUGUACAGUAUUCCGCAUAUCGUAACGAGUUCUUCUGAUUUCUUGGAGACGGAUCCAGUAGAAAUCGUAGACAUUCGGAAUGACGAGGCAACGAUCAGCUGGAGAGUGCCACCCGAAUUCGCAAACCAGACAACCAAGCAACGGUUGAUGAUCACUACAAUGCGAACUUCCUAUCAGAGUAAAGCUUCCGUUUCCGUCUAUGUUGGUCCUAAGCUUCGAACGUACACGUUCUCUAAUCUGGUAGGAAACACGACUUAUCGCGCAUCAGUGGAAACAUUUGAGAAAGAUAUCUCCUUAUGGUAUGCAAGCAACGUUUUUACGACAAGUUUAGCAUCUCUGCACUGGCUCCCGGCUCCGACAGAUAUCGUACUAUUGGAUAAAACCAACAAUUCUCUGGAAGUUUCGUGGACACCACCAGAGAUUCACGAAACUGGUCAUAACGCUGUGAUCAACCAGCAUUUGUUGACAAUCUACGAGUAUCUGCCUACCUCUAGAAUCCUCCUUAAGAAAUUUUCGCUAAAUGUUCCGGUGCCUAUGACUACUUACUCCAUCGGAAGACUAACGCCCGGGUCCAUUUAUAACGUCACUCUCCAGGCUGGCACCAAUUAUGGCUACGGUGCUUUGGGUUGGGCAGUAUUCUCUACGCUUAACAACAACGAUGAUGGAUUCAUAUUAAAACAGCGCCUGAAAACUCCAAAUGCGUUGACCCUUACAUGGCCUGCGCAGUGGCUGCCCACGCCAACAUCCCGGUUUACGAUCCGUGCAAAAACUGUGCAUUCCCCCGACAACGUGGAUAAGGAGAUUACGAACAUGGGAGUCGGUGAAGUAGGAAAAUCUCCCGAAUUUGUCCUACGAAAUCUUCAUCCUGGAUCCACCUACAACAUAUCCAUCACUACUCCAUUGGAGGCUACAAAAUCAAGCAUAAUGUGGAGAAGUGGAGGUCUGUUCAAGACUGCAUGGAGCGUUUUUUCCACUUUGACACAAGGCGAAUACGUAGUUUCCGAUUCUCGCAUUGUCAUGGAAACCGACAUAGCAGCGUCGAUCGUAUUUCGACCGCUCAGACAUCUCGGAGAUAUACAGUACCAAAUUCGCUACACCCCUCACGAUGGAGUGCCCCUAGAAACAAAAGAAUAUGUGGAAGACGAGCUUCUAUGCCCUAAAUUUGGCUGUGAAUGGCUGUGCGCACUUGUGUUUAAUCUACCAAGGAGAUCACGGGAAUAUAAUUUUGAGGUACGAGCAAAGGUAGAUGGACAAUGGAAUAAGUGGACGACAAUUCCGAGAAGGCCAUGGAAUCUUCUCGAAAGAGUCUGUUCCAUUAAUCCACCGAACUUUUUCGUGGACAAUAUCGGCAAUCGUGAAUUUAUGCGUGAAGUAGACAUUUCUAGUGCUAAUGCACAAUUAUCACCUACAGUAUGGCGCUACUUAGUCGUGGUGGAUAGCCGGCAGUCAGAUUACUCUUCGAUAGAUAUUACGAAAUUGGCGGAUAAACCUACAUCGGAUUACGAUAACACUCCUUACUAUAUCACUGCUUCUUUGACACCAGAGCAAGUCCACCAAAAUAUCGAUUUCCGGUUAGGUGAUGGCCAAGUCCAUGGCGGUUACCUCAACUAUCCACUCAAAGAAAGUCAAGUUGAUCCUAGAUGGACUCUAGUCCCUAUGACCCAGAUAGAAAAUGAGAUAAUGGAGCCGCGUUUGAAGACGUGUGGUUUUACUGAAGAAGGAAAUUUCGAGUGCGACAUGCCGCUAAGUGAAUUUAUCUCUUAUAUUCCGGUUUGGAUCAAAACCGCAUUGUUGCUGUGCUUCUCAGCAAUCAUGUUCUGUUUUUGCAUAAUGCUAGCAUGUGGACUGCGACGAUUUUGCGAUAAUCCCAACCAAACCAAGGAAGCUUCGAUAAUGUAUUAUCACAACGAUUCACCCAAUACGAUCUCCACAACCAGGGAGUAUAGGAAGGUAGAAAGGCGAGAAUUCAGCGCUGCAGAUCGAGAAGCUCGGAUGAAGUUUAUGGAAGAAGACCACUGUGACUGUCAUACUGUAUGAGUGCUAAUUAUUCUGAAUACUUACCUACUUGAAAAGCUGUGCUUUUAUUUAAACGAACUAUAACGUGUAGUAGAUCAGUUAAUUCAUUUUAUUUGAAUAUUCUCUGUAGAUUUUUGCCAUAAGUGACCAUGUUCACAUCAUUUGCUUUAGGCUUUAUUCUUUUUGACAAAAAAAACUCUGUUACAAAGAGGAAAACAAAGAAAACAACAAAAAGAUCAAAUAUAUAUGUUUGAUGAAAGAUUCUAUGAGUAAUUGGUGCUAUUGAUGUGCUUCCACUGCUCAGGGAAGAAGCACAUUUGAGCCGCUCUUCUGAUGUACACAGGUAUUUGUACCGUUUCCAUACAAUAAUCCAUAAAUUUCAUACAAUUUAUAAAUGCGUAGUUUGCUGAGAAAAUGCAAAAAUGAAGAUUUAAUAAAUAUAC